GUAUCUUCAAUGUAAGGAAUGUGUUGUUUUUUGUUUUACACCAACAAGAAGAAAAGGAGAGGAGUGUGUUAUGUUACGUAAAUCAGGGAGACUUUAAGAGAAGCUACUAGAUUCUUAAAUGGAUUUUUGCUGCAUGUUUAUUCAAAAAAUGAAUCAGUUACUUAAGAGAUUUUAGUGGGAGGAUGAUGAAUAGCAUUUUUGAAGCUUUUUUUUUUUAAAAAAAAAGAACAAAUUGAGAAGUCGUAAUGGCCAUCAGAAGUGUUCCAUCACUGUUGGUAAUGAAAUCACUUGCAGUAGAGUUUUUCAAAUGGGUACAUAUAUUUACUGUUUCUCCAGUUUUUAAACAGUGUUCUCUUGAAGUGUUUCUGGAUCAUGAUCAAUUUUUUUGUUUAAUUUAGAAGAUAAUACAGGCAAAACAGUUGUUAUGCCUCAUCUUGGGGACAGCCUUGAGCAUGGCUAUCAGCUCUCUUUCUUACUGCUUUAGUGGCAGACUUAGUAAUCUUCAGAAGGCUAUAUGGAUAGAUCAUAAAAGCUGAUAUUGCUGCUGAUUAAACAGUUUGAAUAUAAAUAGUUGAAAAUUCAAAACUGUAUAAUAAACUUGUUACUCUCUGUUCUCUACUUCUUCUGAUCUAGCUCUGGUGUUCUGUCCCACUGAUGCAGCUAUUAAAUAAUACCUGAAGUAGUGGCAAAAGUGGAAAACUUAGGUACAAAACUUUCAGACAAAGGACAAAACGAGGAAGAACAACAGAAAGAACAUAACAGUAGCACCAAAUGCAGCGACCUAGGAAUCAUGGAUCUGAAAUUUAAUUCGUCAAGAAAAUAUAUUUCCAUCAGUGUACCUUCCAAAUCUCAGGCUAUGUCACCUCAUAUCAAAUCAGUAGAUGACAUUAUAGUUCUUGGCAUGAAUCUCAGCAAAUUUAACAAGCCUACUCAAUUUUUCAUCUGUGUUUCUGGAGUUUUUAUGUUUUAUCUAAUCUACGGAUAUUUACAGGAACUGAUAUUUUCAGUAGAAGGCUUUAAACCCUUUGGUUGGUACCUUACUUUAGUGCAAUUUGGAUUUUAUUCCAUAUUUGGAUUAAUAGAAUUGCAGUUGAUUCAGGACAAAAGGAGAAGAAUUCCUGGAAAAACUUACAUGAUAAUAGCCUUUUUAACAGUGGGAACUAUGGGUUUGUCAAAUACCUCUUUAGGAUAUCUGAAUUACCCUACUCAAGUCAUCUUCAAGUGCUGUAAACUGAUUCCAGUCAUGAUAGGUGGGGUUUUUAUACAAGGAAAACGUUAUAACAUUGUAGAUGUUUCUGCUGCCUUGUGUAUGAGUCUUGGAUUAAUAUGGUUUACUUUAGCUGACAGCACGGUUGCACCAAACUUCAACUUAACAGGUGUGGUCCUAAUAUCCCUUGCCCUCUGCGCAGAUGCAGUUAUAGGAAAUGUACAGGAAAAAGCUAUGAAGUUGCACAAUGGUUCUAAUUCAGAAAUGGUUUUGUAUUCCUAUUCAAUAGGUUUUGCAUAUAUUUUAUUGGGAUUAACAUGCACUAGUGGAUUAAGCCCUGCAGUGACGUUUUGCUCAAAGCAUCCAGUUCAGACUUACGGUUAUGCAUUCUUUUUCUCCCUGACGGGAUAUUUUGGAAUAUCCUUUGUUCUAGCUUUGAUUAAAAUCUUUGGUGCCCUUCUGGCUGUAACAGUAACAACAGGAAGAAAAGCGAUGACCAUUGUGCUUUCUUUUUUGUUCUUUGCAAAGCCAUUCACUUUCCAGUACGUGUGGUCAGGCUUACUGGUUGUCCUUGGUAUAUUUCUUAAUGUUUACAGUAAGAAUAUGGAUAAAAUCAAACUACCUUCACUGCAUGGUCUUUGGAAAAAAAGCGUGGAAGAAAGAAAAACAAGGACGUUGUCACAAACCGUAUAGACAUGUCAUGUCUAAGUAUAACUUACUAUUUUCUUAGAACAGUCUUCAACUGAUUCACUUUCCAAAGGGAACAUUAUUAAAACCAAAGGAGCUGAAGGCAUAUUGUCCACUCGCAGAGGGCUAGAAAUGCACGUUUUUGUGAGCCCUUUCUUCAGAGCACUUUGAAUUCAUCAUAAAAGGUGUUACAGACCAUUGUCAGAAGGCAUUAUCAGGCCAUGAAGGACAGCAGCUCCUGGCAGACUGCUGAGGAGCCUCACUCCAAGAGAGACGCCGUAGAAGUAUAAUUUGGGCAUUUUAAUAAUACUGGCCAUGUGGCUGAUUGAGAUUAGUGGUUCUUUGUCUUUAUUAAUUGUUUGAGUGGGAUUAUUUAAAAGUAAUACUGUAUUGACAUUUAAUGGAAACUAAUCAGCAACUGCUUGACGAAAUUGCAUUUUUUAAUCCUGGAAGAUUUAGAAUAUGGUAUGUUGUCAUUCUUAUUUUAAAUAAAAGUCCUGUUUUUUUAAAGUUCUUGAUCAUAUCAUCCCAGAACUUAGUAUUUAUUAACAUAAUUGAAAUUUUUGUUGAAAUGUCAAGGUGUGUUAUUCUUUGCAGUUACUGCUUGCAAGUAAUGGAAAUGAGAUUGAUUUGGUGCAGUCACCACCUGUGCUUUUACAAGGGUGGGGUGUUUUUUUGGGCCUGAACUGGCUGUGAAUAUAGAAUGGAAAAAAUCAUGAUUGAAACAAUGAUACAAGAAGCUGUAA